GGAAUUUAUAAAAGUAGGAGUACACAUCCUUUUUAAAUACUUUGAUUCUUUGAUCAGUUUGAAUUUGAAAGAACUAUAAAAAACAGUUUUAUUAAAUCGUCAUUAAAGCAGUAUUCAUUAUUGACAAUAUGAAUAGUUUCAGUGAUUUAAGUCAGAUUUCAGACAUACAAAGUAUUUCACGAAUUUCUCGCACGAAUUGUAGUCGAAUAUUUGGUAGAAUAGAUUCAAUGCAAAACUUAUUUGAACAAUGUAGUUUAUCUUACAAUAUAAGUAAGAAUAUGACAAAUCAAGGAUCUAACUAUUUAGAAAAAAUUAUAAAAUGUCUUAUUUCUUGCGAAGAUAACAUAGCAGAACAUAUAAAAAGCAAAUUAAUUUUAGAAUGUAUAAAAGAGACAUUGUUAAAUGUAAAAGGAAUAUUGUCUGAUAAUGUUGUUGAUAAAUUAAAAGGUUUACUUUUGAUUCAUGAGCUUAACAAAUAUAUGCAUUUACCAUCUACCUCAAAAAAUAUGCAAGAAGAAUUAAGCAUUUUAGGAAUCACUGAUUUACCAAAAUAUGAUCUCACGUAUGAAGAAAUGUUAGAUACUAAAUGUUAUGUGGAAACAUUGUUACGAGAAAAAAUACAUGAAUUUAUAUUAAGAUAUGAACAAUUGGGAGGAAACAUGAAAGAAAUUCUAAGAUCAACUGAUAUUAAUAUAUAUAAAAAAAUAUUUGAGCCACAUGAAAUACAAAUAUUCCAGUGGAAAGAUAAGAUUGAAGAAUUGUGUGCUCAAUAUGAAAUCGAUAUUGUAAAAUGUAAAACUUUAAUGAAUGAAUGGAAUGAAUUGAAAUACAAAAAUGUAAGUCAAAUUUAUUUAGAAAAAGCAGAACACGUAUUGUUGCAAGCACAAGUUGCAGAAGUACAAGCAAAGAUACUUAAGUUGUCAUGUCUUAUAAAAAUGUACAAGGAAACUCCAAUAACAAUUGAUGCAUAUAAAGCACUGAAUACAUUUAUAGAUAAAAAAAUAUUUACAAUAAUGAAUGAAAUUAAAGAAAAAGAAAAUUUAAGGAAACAAUAUGAAGAACUAGAGAAUACAGAAUAUGAUGAAAUUUUAAAAACUUAUUUACAUUUUUGCAAAGCUAUUAAGAAACAAAAACAAAUUAAUUUACUGGUCCAAAAAUAAAUGAAUUUUUAAAUAUAUUUAUAUGGAAAUUUAUAUCUAAUAUUAUAUUAGAAUAAAUAUAAUAAA